AUAAGUCUGGAAGGAGUCUCUUGACUGCCAUAGACUCCAUGGAUGAUGGGUCAAUUAUAAAGCUGAAGGUUAAGAUUGAUGUUGAAUUGGGAGAAGCCAUCUUUGAUUUUGAAGGAACAAGUUCAGAGGUUUGGGGAAACAUUAACGCUCCCAAAGCAGUGACAAUGUCUGCCAUCAUCUACUGCCUACGGUGCCUAGUUGGACAUGAUAUACCAUUGAAUCAAGGUUGCCUGAACCCUGUAACUGUCAUUAUACCGCCAGGCUCUAUGCUUGAUCCUUCGGAGAAUGCAGCUGUAGUAGGUGGGAAUGUUUUAACAUCUCAAAGGAUUGUCGACGUUGUCCUCCUUGCCUUUGAGGCCUGUGCAGCAAGCCAAGGGUGCUGCAACAACAUCACCUUUGGAGAUGAAAGUUUUGGUUACUAUGAGACUGUUGCGGGGGGGUCAGGGGCUGGACCUACCUGGAACGGUAGAAGUGGAGUUCAUGUUCAUAUGACAAACACAAGGUUGACUGACCCUGAAAUCUUGGAGAGAAGAUAUCCUGUAAUCCUGAACAAGUUUAGCCUCGCCCCUGGAUCAGGAGGGGAGGGGUUAUACCAUGGGGGAGAAGGAGUUCUUAGAGAGAUUACGUUCAGGAAAUCUCUUGAUCUCUCCGUUCUAACAGAGAGGCGUGUGCUUGCUCCAUAUGGCAUGGCUGGGGGGCAUCCAGGACAAAAGGGACAAAAUACGCUGAUCACCCAUGAUGGUCGGAUCUUGAACCUGGGAGGGAAGUGUUCUGUUCCUGUUCAACCAGGAGAUAUGUUCCGCCUUCAGACACCCGGGGGCGGGGGCUGGGGUACACCCACAAACAAGACGAUGUAA